AUGCAUCACCGCGGGGAGGAUAACAAGUUCAGCCCCGAAACGGUGACGGCCGAUAAGGGCGAUGUCCUCGAGUUCCACUUCGGCCCCAAGAACCACAGCGUCGCCAUGGGCGAGUUUGAUAGCGUCAACGGGCCCUGCGUCCCCGCCAACGAGGGCGGCUUCUUCUCCGGCUACUUCGCCGUUGACUCUGGCGAGAGCGACAAAGUCUUCCGCGUUCAAAUUAACGAUACCGAGCCUAUUGUUUUCUAUUCCACACAGGACAACGAGUGCUCCGAGGGCAUGAUUGGCGCCGUCAACCUCGCCAGCAACGACGACCUCAACGAAUACCGCGAAAAGGCGAGCUCUCUAAGCCGGGCCGUCGCACCCCCACCGCCCACGGCGGCGUCCUCCGUCAAGGUGGGUCUGGUCGGUGUUUUCGCCGUCGCUCUCGCUGCCUUGAUGGUGUAA